CAAUCAAUCAAGCAAAAGGCAGUCAAUUUAAGCGGUUUGAAUGACAGAAAAGAUCGCAAUUUACAUGUGCGAUCGCGUACAAGCACGUAUACGAGAAUCGAUCAUCACACAUUUGUAUGUAUACAACGUCAUGACAGAGAGACAGGCACACACAAACGGCCAAUGAAGCAUGCACACUCCUUCAUCGAGUGACGCACACCCUUCAUGUCCCAUCGACUUGUGAAAGAGCAUAAGCAGCACACAUGGCUAUGCAGCGGCGGAUGUGGCGGCCGCUGGCGUGACAGGCUGCGGUUGGUCCCUGGGCUCCUUGUGCAGCACCUGCGUGAGGACGUACGUCUUCCAUGGCCCAAUUCGGUAGCCCAGUGGCUGUAUGCGGACGACGUCGCCCUUCCUCGCCUCAGACUGCUCGUCGUGAGCCCACACCUUCUUGGUCAAACGAAAGGACUUCUUGUAGCGCACCACAUACAUGUACCUGAUGGAUGGACAGACAGGAAGACAGGAGUGUGUUGCGGUCGGUCAUUUAUCAAUCAAUCACCCGGCGUCGUGUGUGUGAUGGUGUACCUGUCACAGGCGACUCUGAUAGACUUUGGGUGUUUGUCGUUGAUGACGUAACCUAUCAUCUCAUUGUUGGGCAAGCUGUUCUUCGCAACUGACAGAUGCAAGCAGCCAGCACAGACACCGGCGACAAUGAGUCAUAAUUCUCUACCUCCUUCUUUCGCCUCGCCUUACAUAUGCGAAGGUAUCCGGCAGUCUCUCUUUGCCAGUUCUUGUAGUGCCAGUGCAGCACAGGGCGACUACGAAACAUCAUGGUCAACUCAUCUCACGAAUCGCCGCCCGUUGAAGAUCCAGAUGCUGGCUAUGGCAUUACUUGGCAGACUUUGAUACCCAGUGAACGUGUAAGCGUCGAGCACGUCAAAGUCGCAGAUCUUGGUCUGUCUUCUUCUCCUUCUCCUUCCCUUCCCCUCCCC